AUGGGUUCGGUAUUUUCGUGCUUGGCAUCGACCUUUCUCUAUCUCGGCGAAUUCCUCGAGAACGUCUUCUUGGCUGUCGGCGAGAUCGGCGCUGUGCUGGUGCGAGGCAUCUUUGGCAUCGUAGUCAGUCUCUGUGACCUGCUCGCCGCGAUCAGUUGCUGCUACAGAGUGCCGUGGUCCGAACGACCGGACAGGGCCACGUACACGUUUGUCGCGACGAACAACGCCACAGCCGCAGUGACUACCAGCAACGCACUCUCCGACGUCGGCGGCAAACAAGUGCUGUCCAGCGUUUUCACCAAGCAAGGCAGGGAGCAGCGCAAGCAGAUCAAGGCGGCCAAGCACAAGCUGGCAGCUAUCAAGGCGGAGGAAGUCGCAGCAGCCCGCAACUCAAAGAAGGCCGAGGUCGAAGCUCAAAAGAAGGCUGCAAAGGAAGAGAAGGAAAAAAGAGCACUCAAGGCCACGCAAGAGAAGGUAGCGGCGGCGGGGGUCAAAGCCUAG